AGGAAGCGGCAGAGCUGCCCCGCAACCUGCCCGAGCCGUGCGGCCGGAGGUGGGCAAUGCCAGCUGGGCCACGCGUGCCGACAACAGGAGGGAAGAUGGAUCGUGGUGUCAGCCUGGAGAAUCCCUACGCCAGCGUCAACAUCCCGCGGGACCAGUUCCAGCAAAGCUUCAUCACUCGCUACCUGAAGGAUGAGCCCAUCAUCAUCGCCAACCCUGCAGCUGUGCCCACGUACCAGGUGGAGGAGCAGCCGGAUCCCACUGGCAGCUGGAGCAGCCCAGCCAUUUCCACGGAGAAGUCCUGGUCCCGUCCCUACAACCCCUAUGGAAGCCUGAAGAUGCCCAAUGGGGAAUCAUCCAGUUCCUUCUACACUGUCACCCUGGACAAGCCACCCAAGGGCCAGGAGCGGGAGGCUGGCAGGGGAUGCAGCUGCUGCAAGUGCUGCCCCUGCUGCAGAAAGUGCUACUGUGUCAUCUCCUAAGGGUGAGACUAUGAGAUGGGACCAGGUGGCCCUGCAGGGACAUGGCUGCCCUGCCAGGGCACCCCGGGGACCUGCCCCAGCACCCAGCAGAGCUGGCAGCAGGGAGGUGACACUGGCUGGACUCUGCCAUUGCUUUUUACCUGUCGGCUCUGUGGCCAGAUGCGCUGGUGAUGGGCACCUGCCAAGUCCUGAGAGUCCAGUGUGGGGCAUGGGAGAGAAGAAUAGGUCCCCCCUGCCAUGCUGCAGGAGCCCUGAAGAUGAUGUGUGCCAAUGCAGAUGCCACAGAGAAGUGCCUACACUGGGGAUGGGGGAGCACUUUGAGCCUGUGAUCCUGGACUCUGGCCCUUGCUGGGAAACCUCCUGCACAGGGGAAGGGGCAGGAAUUGCUCGUGAGCCGGAGGGCAGGUUUGGAUGAUGGCAGCCCUGCGUGCCUGGCAGAGGAAGGCAUUGGUGUGGCUGUCUUGGAGCAGGGGAGAGAAGCCAGGGACAUGGCCCCAACCUCCACAGAACUGAGCUGUCCCGGGGAGAUCCCGGGUAGUCUGCAGUGCCCUGUGCCAAGCUCUGGCUGGGUACUGCUCCUCCUGGCCACACUGCCCAGGGGACAGGUGGAAGGAGACAGGCAGGACGGACAGACAAAGCGUGGCAGAGGGCUGGGCAGCCCUCCAGGGCAGCACCUGAUGCGGGCGUUAACGUCCCAGCACCAGGAAAGCCCCGGCCCCAUUCGGUUCCUCGUGCCAGGCUUGUGGGGGGGCACAGCCCCUAACCCCAUCCUCAUGCUGGCUCAGGGCUCUGACCGUGCUGGGCCGGGUCCAGUGCUGAUCGCUGGCCCAGCUCCAGCAGUUUGGGAUGCAAAGCCCCAUCGUUCGCUUUCUGCAGCCCCCUGGGAGCGGGGGAAGGCGAGCGAGGAGCGUGCUGGCGCCUUCGCAGCCUGCGGGGCGGCUCCAGGCCGGGUUUUUGGCUGGGGCUGGUGCCGCCGACCUGGAACAAGCCCGCCGUUGUGCUGGCGCCCCGCGGGUGGCCCUGGUGCCAGGAGGCAGCUCUGUCAGCACCGGGGCUGCUGCAGGACCCGCCUGGUCCGCAGGGCAGGGGCUCGGAAAGAGUGCGUGUGUCAGCAGUGACUUCAGGGCGCUGCAAAUAAAACCACAGCC